UUUUUUUUCCCCAUCUUGGAUCCCUCUCCAUUAAUAAAAAGAAAGAAACUACACACUCUUUUACAGUAAUAUAGAAAAGUUAGAACAAACUUCUCUCUCUUUUUCUCUUAUGAAGAAGAGAACUACUUCUUCUUCUUCAACAAUUCCUCUGUUUUUUUUCCAUUUUCUUGCUCUGUUUUUAAUGGCACUUUUAACAUUUUUACCAGAAAAUACCCAAAAAGAUCAACCUUCAAAGAGAAGGAAAAAACAACAAAAACAGAACAAGGAGAAACAAAAGCAGCCAUCUUCAUGGGAUCAAUUCAAGAACUUAUUGACUUGCAAACAAAUUGAAAACUCAACUGUUCAUGAUCCUGCUUCCAAGAACCCUCCUUCUUCUUCUAAUGCUCCUGCUGGAGCUUAUUCAAAGUUGAGUUCUUGUAGCUCCAUAUGCAGUUUCAGGGAUGUGGUACAUGGCAACACAAGAGUGGUACAUAGAGCUGAUAAUUCCCCAGAAAGUAGCAGUUUAGGCCAAGAAACUCGUCUUCUAAGCAAGAAUAAAACAUCUCAUCAUGGCCCUUCAUCUUCAAGUUCGAGGUCUCUUGCUAGAUCAAACGGUGGUGGUAGCUCCACGUGUACUACUUCAUCAAGAGGAAUGCAGUUUCGUAAGCUAUCUGGAUGUUAUGAGUGUCACAUGAUAGUAGAUCCUAGCAGGUAUCCUUUACCAAGGUCAACAAUAUGUGCAUGUCCUGAAUGUGGAGAAGUUUUUCCAAAAAUUGAGAGCUUAGAACAUCAUCAAGCAGUUAAACAUGCUGUGUCAGAGUUGGGUCCGGAAGAUUCAAGCCGUAACAUAGUGGAAAUAAUCUUCAAAUCAAGCUGGCUCAAGAAGGAUAAUCCAAUCUGUAAGAUCGAACGGAUAUUAAAAGUCCACAACACCAAACGUACGAUCCAACGGUUCGAGGACUGCAGGGACGCGGUAAAGAUACAUGCAGUGGCCACAGGCAAGAAAAACCCAAGAUGCGCCGCUGAUGGAAAUGAGCUGCUUAGAUUUUACUGCACGAGCCUUACAUGCACUCUCGGUGCACGUGGCUCGUCCAGCUUGUGUGGCUCCGUACCCGGCUGUGGAGUUUGCACUACCAUACGCCACGGUUUCCAAGGAAACAAAACUAGUGGGGUCCGCACUACUGCUAGUAGUGGGCGGGCCCAUGAUUGUCUCGGUAGUGGUAUGGCCCGACGCAGAGCGAUGAUCGUGUGUCGGGUCAUUGCUGGUAGAGUCAAGCAGACCGCAAAAGAUGUGGGGGCUUCUCCCACGACAGAGGAGGAGAAUUGCUCUGGCUCUGGUUCUGGUUCUGGUUCGAGCUUGUCAGCUACUGACUCUAUCGUAUACGAUUCAGUAGCCGGACAUGCAGGGAUCUACUCGAAUCUCGAGGAAUUAUACGUAUUUAAUCCAAGGGCUAUACUUCCAUGCUUUGUCGUGAUAUACGAAGCAUUGGAAUCUUAGGCUUAACGUUUUUUUUAUUUGUACUUGAGCUGUUUGUACGGUUGAGUUUGUUUUUUCUUUUUUGUUGUAUCCUUAAAUUUAUGUAACUAAUUUCAAGUUAGUUAAAAAAUUGUAACACCCGUGAGGUAAUGCUGAUCCAACUAUGAUUUUUGUA